GAAAUCUCCUCGAUGAUAAAUCUUAAAAAAAAUAAAAGAAGACAAAACAUUUAAUUCAAUUCGACAAAUAUGUUGUUCCAUCCGGCAAUAAAGUUACAUCAUUGGGGCAGUCAAUAGCAAAUUAACUUCAUUCACCUUACCUAUAAAAGGAGCAUGUUGACAACUUAUCAGACAACUUUGGCAGAGGACACCUGCACAAGGAUGAAAACCUCAGGAUUGAUUUUAGCGAUUCUUGCUACCAUAUUUUGCACAACAUGCACGGCUCCAUUGAAGCCUUUCUGCAGACGAUGGCAUGGUAAAUGCUACGUAAAACCAACACAGAGAGAGAAUCUGGACAGGAGAAGAAGUCCUGCUGUGUUGACCACAAGUACUGUUACAGUAACUGACCCUAUCAAGGAGACAACUUUAUCAACCGUUGUUACGACAACAAGAAAGCCACAGCCUCGUCGAAAAUAUUGGUUUACGGAAAUUAUAUAUGCUAAUAAGACAUUCAAAAAGUUGAUGCUUGAUAGAUGGAAGGAGCACAUACUGUUUUAAGACUGUGUCACAAAGAUGAAGCCCAAGAAUGGAUUUCACUUAUUUGCUUUACGACUAACAAAACUUCUGUAAACCUUUUAAUGUUUUUUAGGCUAGGCUAUUUUUAUUAUUUAAUACAUUAAAUGUCAAAUCUCAGUAACGACAAGCUCUUUACGUGCGAAACUUUUCUAAUUUCUUGUUCAUCACUAUUUCCAAUUGGUGCAGGAUGAAUUUUAAGAAUUAAAGAAUUUCUUUCUUUGGUUUAUUUUUUACCUUAAAUUGAAUGAUGUAUCAUUUAUUAGUUGGGAAAAAACUUUUAAAAGGAUGCGGAUUUUUUUGUCUUUAAGAAGAACUAUCCAUUGAUAACAAGUUGUGCUUAAAAUGUCCAUUAAAAUGUGAAUAUGAACUAUAUUAUAUUUUUUAUAUUUGUGAGCUUUUGUUCUCAAGAUAUUUCAGGUUAAAGUAGUAUUACGGCCGCCGCCAUGACAGUGUCGAUUAGGAUCUUCUGUUCCGCAAAAUACUAACUUGUGUGAUGUAGUCGGCGGAGAUGUAAAACGCAGUCUGAAGGAACGGAGCGAGGAAAUACUAAACUGUGCCUUUUGCGAUUGUCUAAGAGUAAAUUUUAUUAUUUUGAAAUAAAUAUCUUUAUCAGAAUAAAAUAAUGUUUCACCUCUACAAAUAUAGUUUUAGAGUUUUAGACAUGAGUUAUCACUUUAAAAAAGUAUUACGUGCAUCCAACUCUGAUAUGAAAUUUUUUUGUGUUAAAAUAAGUCCUGCAAGCUAUCUACGUCGCGUGACGUCACAAAUGAACAAAAUAUAAGCGAACCAAUUUGGGUUUUGUUCGAUAAUGGCGGUAACCGUUAAUGCAAUUAUCGUUUCUGGGGGACAAAAUUUGGACAUAAAAAUAUAUAUGCCAUGUUGCUUUUGGAAUAUAUAAGAAUGUUCUUAUUACAAAAAAAAGUAUGUGUAAGCUUGUACUUUCCGACGGUGGAAAGGUAACCAGUUCGCAAGAAAAUACAACGUUGAUUGUAUACAUGCAUAUACAAAAGAUACGCUUUGUAAACAUUUACCAGGCCGUGAAAGAACAUACGGGUUUUUUAGAAU